CGCCCACGCCCGCCACGUGACGCAAUCCAUCGCGUGCUUGUUGGAGAGGAAAGUGCCGAAGGGAGAGGACCUCGUAUUGGGCCCUGCACGUGAUGAUGUGCUUCGCCUUCAUGCCAAGGCAUUCGAGUUGGAGUCUGACUCAACUCACCAACCUCAACACACCAUCCAGCAUUGCGCGUCAUCUACACAAACAUUCACCAUCAUCGACAAGAAAAAACUCGCCCAACAAUGACCCUCAUCACCCUCGCCAUCCGCGAGGAGCUCACCGCGCUCUACUCGGCCCCCACCCGGCAUUACCACUCCCUCAACCACAUCACCGCCCUCCUCGCCCUCCUCUCCGCCCACCGCCACCGCUUCGCCGACCCAGACGCAGUCGAGGCAGCCAUCUGGUUCCACGACGCCAUCUACGACGCCCGCGCUCAGGGCUCUGCCAACGAGAAGCACAGCGCCGAUCUAGCAGUCGCCCGUCUGGCCGGCCUGGUCGAUGCCAGACGUCUGGGGUGGAUCCGCACCGUCAUCGAGGCCACGGCGACGCACACCCUGCCCACGGGCCUCGACGACGGCGAGGCCAGCGAUGCGGCGCUGUUCCUGGAUAUGGACUUGAGUAUUCUUGGGGCUGACGAGGUCGAGUUUGAUGAGUAUGAGGCUGCUGUGCGGAGGGAGUACCAGUUUGUCGAUGACGAGGGGUGGAGAGCAGGCAGGGCGGCUGUUUUGAGGAAUUUCUUGAAGCGCCAGAGGUUGUACCAUUCUGACUUGUUCCGGGGUUUGUAUGAAAAUGCCGCGAGAAGGAAUCUGACGCGGUCGUUGCGGCGUCUUGAGUCGUAGGGGCGGGCUGAUAGUGUUGAUUUAAGUCACGGAAGCUGGAGGUCCAAGGCGGUGCUUGUUUGC